UAUCAAAGAGGAGAAUGAAUGUUAAUUACUUGCACGAUUGUGUCAAGAAAGUGGCAAAAGAAAAUCUUGCAAAAUUUCAACGAGAUGACUAAUGAAAGACUGAUUGAUGCGCCCCCACAGCUACGUACGUACUGAGACUCAUAAACAGCAGAAAUUCAUAUGACAGUUACUUGGAUCCAUUGCUUUACUCAACUGCACCCACAAAUCCCCAAUGAUAGCUGCAGAAAGGUAGAAAUACUCAUCACUCUUGCUUAGUGAUCAACACUGUGUUCUUGAAAAGAAAACGUAAAGCUCACGCCACUUUUUGCCACCACCCUUCCCUCUGCAUGCCACCCUUGAGUUUUUAUGAUUGAAACUCGAUUAUAUUCUCUCUGGUAGAAUCCCAUCAAGAACCUACUUUCUUUUCCUCGAAUCCCUUUUUUGCAAUUCUUGUAUUCUUAGCUCAACUGUGCAAAAACAAAGUUUCCAAGGCAUGAAUGAGAGAGGGAAAGCUAUGGAAACAUACAGUAAUUUCCCAGAUUUCAACUACUCUGCAUCAGAAAUGCCCUGCAAGAAACACCCCAAUUCAUCUUCCGUCGGCGUAUGUGCUUACUGCCUGAAAGACAGGUUGGAGAAAUUGGUUUGCUCGGAGUGCGGAGAACAGCGCAUUUUUUCAUGCUCUUGCUCUGAUCGCAUUUCCUCCUCAUAUCGCAAUUCUUGCAGUACGGUGGAGGUCGGAAGGAUCUCAUUCUUGAUACCCCAACAAGGUCAUCCACAUUCCAAGUCCAGAAGAAAAGAUGAGGGUUCAGAGCAAGUUGUUUUUCUCAGAAGCAGCAGCAGCAGCUGUGUGGAAGUCAAGAAAAGCAAUGGGUUUUGGAGGAUAAAGCGGCUAUUCAGGAAGAAAACACACAAAAAGGGGUGUGGAAAAAACAGUGAAUUUCCUGAUGACGAAAGUGAGAUUGUGGUUUCUGACAUAAUGGGGUGGUCGAGGUCUAGGUCCCUCUGCAGUUUCCGGGGUGGCAAGAACAAUGAUCUCGAUCAAGGAAGUGAUCACGCCUUCUCUAGCGCCAAGAUUUCUGAUGUUACAAAUGGGAUCUUCUUCGAUUCUGAUAAACAAUAUGGCUUUCUCCAAGAAUCUGAACCAAGAAAAUGUGGAUUCAGAAGGGGAACAAAUCAAAUGGAGCUUGAUAGAGUUUAUAACAGGAGUAUAUAUCCAGUCAAGGAAAGUGAUUUCAGUGCCAUGGACGACUCAGCUUUCAUCGAUCUAAAGUUCGAUUUUUCAUCCGAUUGCAAGCAAGAUUUCUCUGCUGGUACCAUCAGCGGAGCUUCUGAUCAUGGAGAGAGUCCUGCAAGUUCGAAACGUGAUAGGAUUUGGGGGGAUAGGGGAUCUUGCAGGAUCACAGUGAAUGAAAGAGGAAUGAAAAGGGAAAGCAGAAGCCAAAAGGUCUGGAAAUGGAUUUUUAAGUAGUAAAUAAUAGCAUUUUGAGUUCUGCUGAUAAUUUCUACAAGCAAUUAAGUGGUGUCCACUUUAAUUACCAGUACACAAUAACCUUUUUUUUCAGUUUCAACUCUCUACAGGUUUCAUUGCAGAAACUGUUGUCCUGCUUUUACCUGAUUGGUGAUUAUGAAUUGAUGUACGAGCAAGAAUUUAGUACACAAUAUUUCUCUUCUUUCUUA